GAAGGAAGACCCCUGAUAGGUCACUGACUCUCUGGACUCUAGGUUGGAGGGCUUGCCUUAUCAGCCUCUGCACACACAAACACAGAGGCAAUGGUGGCCUGUUACCCAGGGAAAGGCACUGGGUAUGUACGUCAUGUGGAUAACCCUAACGGCGAUGGGAGAUGUGUCACAUGCAUUUACUAUCUCAAUAAAGACUGGGAUGCAAAGAAACACGGUGGACUCUUGAGGAUUUUCCCAGAGGGAAAGGCACAGUUUGCAGACAUCGAGCCCAAGUUUGACCGACUACUCUUCUUCUGGUCAGACAGACGAAACCCCCACGAGGUGCAGCCGUCAUACCACACCAGGUAUGCCAUAACAGUCUGGUAUUUCGAUGCAGAUGAGCGCGCUCGUGCCAAGGAAAAGUAUCUAACAGGUGCUGGCGAAAAGGGAGUAAAGGUAGAAUUGAACAAGCCUUCGGAGCCGAGCUAAGGCUGUUGGAGCUGAGCUGCCAUCACCUGCUGCUGCUGGGAACAGAUGGAUGGAUGGGUGGAAUGAAGGAUUGGGGGGUGGAUGAAGUAGAAGGACAGAGGGAUGAAGAUUAGAACAUACUAGUCUGCUUUCUUUACACUAACCAUCCAAGUUACCACACACACAACAACGAAUGUGAUGUCUGAAUGUGAUGUCAUUGCACUGCAAAAACUCAUCCUGUGCCAAGUUUGUUUUUGGUCAUUGCUUUGAUUAUUUUGACUAGUGUGAAAAUAAUGCCAGUGUAAAAAUGAGAGAGAAAAAAGGUAUGUAAAAUCCAGAGUGAAGUAUGCAAAAUAAGAAAAAAGCAAAAUAGUUAUUGUUAAUUCUGGGGUGAUAUCUGACAAGCACACACACAUGCUUCUGCCGGAUGAUUUAUCCCAGACUUCAUGGGAUGAAACUCUUUUUUGAGGGGAAAUCUCUAUGAUAUCCCUGGACAGGAGAUUGUGACAGUAUGUUACCAUUUCCUGAUAGACACCAUAGGGCAGAGACCAUCUCCUGAUAGAUACCCUUGGUCCUACUCAGCACGGUUCUUGUAACUAUUGGUGAAUGGGUAACUUCAGACAAUUAGGGGUCCAUGCUGCACUGAUUUAAAUUAGUCAUAACUACAAAACACAAGUGUCUUCAGCUGGAGUGAUUUUCAGAUUGCAGACAUAUUUGGAUCGCAAUGCCAUUCUUCUGUGUUUUUCUGUCCUGGCACCCAUUGCUUGGUAACUGGGUUGUGUUCAUAAAGCAUCAUAUGGAAGAAAAGGGAACGGGUAUUCAUUACACAAAUGCUUGCUGUUGACUUACAUUACAAAACAUUUUAAUACAUUUUCCAUUGCAUGCCCUAAUGAACACAAUAAUCUGUGCUUUGCUGUAGAGACCUGACCUGCGAUAAAUUGUCAAUGUCUGUUGAUGCAGCAGUCACUAUUUUCCUAAAAACCAAAAACUGACAACUACCAAUAGCCUUGCAAGAACCUUGCGGCUCUGAAGUUACAGUACUGUUCAAAAGUUUGGGGUCACUUAGAAAUGUCCUUAUUUUCCAUGAAAACUUACAUGAAAUUAGUUUGAAUAGGAAAUAUUGCUAAAUGAAUAGGACAUAUAUUCAUUGACAAGGUUAGAAAUAAUUUAUUGAAAUAAUAAUUGUUUCCUUCAAACUUUGACUUUUGUCAAAGUAUCCUCCAUUUGCAGCAAUUACAGCUUUGCAGACUAGUUGUUAAUUUGUUGGGAUAAUCUGAAGAGAUUUCA